AUGGAGGCAAACAACGAACUAGCCGAAGCGUGGGGGGCAAACUGUUAUAAUACUGGUUGGAAUGAUUUCGGCAAGGGCCAUGACAAUCAUACGGGGCAAACCGUAGCAGAUGUGGUACGGUGCAGAGUUAUGAGUGUUGCAUGGGCCUUCGCAAAUUGGUCGGACAAAGGUGCACACGCGACGGGGCCAGGGGUCCACAUGACGAAGGAACAACAGAAUAUGUUCAGGUGUGAAGUGGUAAAUAUCUUUGGACACUUACUGAAAGAAAAAUAUUGUUCAGAGCAAAAAGGAUACAGGAGAGGUGUAGAAUAUUCUCGGAUAGCAUUCAAGAGUAUGCAAAGCGCGGGCAUAAAUGGAGUGGGAGCAAUCAAUGGUCCUGUUAUAGAUGGAACAUGCACAGCAUGUGGGUACGGCGAGAAUCGAAGGUGGGCACACGCGAUAAAUUUGAAAGUAGUAGAGUGGCUCAUGCAGCACGGGGACAUAAUGAACGAAAUAGCAGCAAUGGAAAGGGCAAUGCCGUGUACAACAAAAUGGACAGAUUACAUUAAGCAGCUGGACCCCGGGCAGAAACCUAUUAAGGGUGGGAACACAGAAGGGGGAACGCUCAAAGACCGUUUGAGCGAAGCAGGGAAGAAGAAGAUAGAGACAGCAGAGACGCAGCUGGAAGGAGCAGUAACACAGAUACUUGAGAAAGUCGCGCAAGCCACAGACCACAUACUGCAGCGAGCAAAGGAGGCGUUUCAGGAAGUGCAGAAGAACGCGAACACGGACGCAACUGAAACGACAGCUCCGACCACGGACAAAAAGGCAGAAACGAAGAGUACCGAGAAGAAAGAUGAGACGAACGAACACAACACAGGAGAGACCAAGGGUGACCAGCAGGAUACGGCAGCAGCAGCCACCGGCGCAUCCAAGGGAGCGCCCACUAACUCAGCAGCGGAGUCUCCGACGCCGAAGGAUAGCACAGAGCAAAGUUCAGGUAAGGAUGGUGCAAAUGGUCCAGGCUCGUCAGGAUCCCCAUCUGCACCUGCAGAGGCAGCACCGAAAGCAUCAGACCCAGCAGCAUCGGACCCAACAUCACCAUCAACAGGACCAGAAACAAAAUCAACAGGAACAGGAGGGUACGGUAACACGAGUGCCAAGAACGAUGACGACUCCGGGGACGCCGUCGUCGCUGGCGGCAACGAUGACCCCCCUCUUCUCAAUCCACCCAAACCAAAACCGAAUCCGAACCCAGAUCAAUCGGGGUCGAGCGGUAGCGCCAGCACCGGCGAUGCGUCCGCAGGGAGUGGUGAGGAUGGUGCUGCUGGUGGGGAAGGAAAGGGAGGUGGGGGUGGUGAACAGGCUGCUGGCGGCACCGGUAGCGGAAGUGCAGGAGGAGGAGGUCGUAGUGGUACUGGCGUUGGUGCUGGUACGGGUGGUAGUAGUGCUGGUGCCGGGCCUGCCCUUACCCCUGCCACCCCGUCCGUGCCGCCCGGCCUCACAUGGGAAGAUGUCAAGUGGUACACCCCCGCGAUUAUUCCCGCGGUGGUUGGUAUUGGGCUCAUUGCAUUUUUCCUCUGGAAGUACUUUGCGUACCUCGCCAAACGCCGACGAACAUAUCGAACCGUUCGUGACGUGCCGUCACCGCCACUCGACGACGACAUAUUGCAGCAUCUACAACGCGGCGCGCCAACGCUCGAUUACGGUUACACGAUGAUUAGGGAUAGGCAACCUGCGUCUGCUGCCGCACGACGCGCACCACGCCCACCACGCGUGCAUAAACGCACGAUCAUCGAACUACAUCUAGAAGUGCUCCACGAAUGUGAAGCGACCGAAUGGGAAAACGUCAAACAGGACUAUUUGAAGAUUGUAUUGCAGGAGUUUGCGCGCGCCUUGGAGCGGGACCAGGACAGCAAUAACAAUAUCUUGGGUGUCUCUACCUCAAACCAUGGUUUACCAGGGAUGAAUGUUUCAUCCACCGCGGAUCCACCCACCUAUUCCGACGCAACCGAUCCAUGUCCACCACAUGAACGCGAUCCAUGGAGUUGUAUGGAAACUAUACAAUUACAAACGGACCCGUCUCCACCGAAUGCAGACGAUCCCGAUACAUGCAGUUCCAUGGAACCCAUACAGUUAGCACGGGAGCGUGCUCCGCCUAACGAAGAGCACUCCGAUCCAUGGCGUUGUAUGGAAACCAUACAGUUACAAACGGACCCUUGUCCACCGCAUGCACACGACCCCGAUCCAUGGCGUUGUAUGGACACUAUACAGUUAGGACCGGACCCUUGUCCUCCUAAUGAAGAGGACCCCGAUGCAUGGCGUUGUAUGGAAAAUAUCGACUUAGAUGCAGAACAGAAUGCUCAUUCCGACCACGGUGACGAGACGUCGUACUGCACCCAUUGGAUCCCUUGGAUUGACCGCAACAAACAUAUUCUGCGGGAGUGCACGACGCAGCCGUGGUUUAAUGCCCUCAAAUCGGCAUGGAAACAAUACCUGCGCGAUCACAUGGUGGCAAACCAGGAUAGCGGAGUAUACGGGCACCGUGAACUCGGUGAUGCGGCAACCGUGCCGAUGAACAAUCUUGACGCAUGGAAAGAAUGGGUUGCAACACAACAUGACCUUAUGAAUACAUAUAGUGAGGAGGAGUGGUUUCAACAUUUGUUGCAUAAUGUUGAGGAGGAGACAGUACCGCAAAAAGGCGACAUACCUCGCGUAGAACAACACUUAGACGUGGAAAACGUAAUGGCAGCACACGAUAUGCUACGCGUGACAGAUUUACCGCCCCAGCCACUGCAUCCGCAACCUUACAUGACAAAACCGUUAACCGCUAAAAUAUGGAUACUUAUCCUGGCAUUAGUCAUAGAAGAGUGCGAAGUCGAAUGCAGUUUGCAGCAGACGGAGUUAUAUGUGGAUGCUUUAUUACAGAAUAUGCGACAUUAG